UAUAUAUAUAUAUAUAUAUAUGUCUCACUGACUUUCUUCUGCAACCCCAAAUCCCAAUCCUGUGGCUUGAAAGUUGAAAAUAUGGGAAUCGUGUCAUGUCCCUUUACUUGCCAUUCAAAUAAAGAAUCUCAGUCUCAGUCUAACCACCUUCACUCGGACUCCACCUCUCUCUCUUCUCAACCCAGCUUGUCGUCGGUUCCUUCCCUCACCUCACAAUUCCACCGCCAACAACAACAGCAGCAGCCACAAUCUUCCACCACCCGCUAUCACUGCCUCUCCAUUCUCAAGGGCCAUUCCUCUUACGUGUUCUCCCUUGUCCUCUCCGGCAAAUUUCUCUACAGCGGUUCCUCUGACAAGGAGAUACGAACCUGGCCUCGGAUCCCAUCCGAUCCUCAACCAGAUGGCCAACAGUCUUUAACCAACAACGUGGUUGCCGUCGGCAAGGGUGCAGUGAAGUCUCUAGUGGUCUCCGGUGACAAAUUAUACAGUGCCCAUCAAGACCACAAGAUCCGCGUAUGGCGAAUCAAUAACGACGAGACCCAGCAAGGUAUGUACAAGCGCUUGGCCACGCUUCCCACUCUAAGCGAUCGUGUCAUGAGACUCCUCCCACCCAAGAACCAUGUCCAAGUGCGCCGGCACAAGAAAUGCACCUGGGUUCACCACGUCGACACCAUAUCAGCACUCGCUUUAUCUAGAGACAGGUCUCUCCUCUAUUCCGUUUCAUGGGAUCGGACAUUAAAAAUCUGGCGAACGUCCGACUUCAGGUGUCUGGAGUCGGUAGGGAACGCACACGACGACGCGAUCAACGCAGUGGCCUUGUCUAGUGAUGGGUUCGUCUACACUGGGUCGGCCGACAAGAAAAUUAAGGUCUGGAGGAAGUUACCCGGUGACAAGAAGCACUUGCUUGUGGCCACACUGGAGAAGCAUGAGUCCGCCGUUAAUGCGUUGGUUCUUAGUACCGAUGGGUCUGUGUUGUAUUCCGGUGCAUGCGAUAGAUCAGUCAUAGUUUGGGAGAAAGAUAGUGGCGUUGUCGCCGGAGGCGGCAGCGAUGGUGGUGCUCAUAUGGUGGUUGCGGGUGCGCUUAGGGGACACACCAAGGCGAUUUUGUGCUUGGCCGUGGUGUCAGAUUUGGUAUGCAGCGGUUCGGCCGAUAAAACGGUUAGGAUUUGGAGAAGAGGCGCUGAGAAAAGCUACUACUGUUUGGCAGUGUUGGAGGGACACAGAGGACCCGUCAAGUGCUUGACUGCUUCCAUAGACGGUUCUAACAGCACCAAUUCUUCAGGAGCUUCUUACCUUGUUUACAGCGGCGGUUUGGACUGUGAUAUCAGGGUCUGGCAGCUUUUGGUUCCCCUUUGAAUUUUUUUUUCUUCCUUUUUGCUCUUCUUAUCUUAUUAUUGAUUUGUCCUCUCCUCUGUCUCAUGGACUAUCUGUACAUAAGCUUGAGUAUACUGAGCCUUCUUUUUUUCCCCUUGGCUUGACUUUAUCGGCUUACUGUUUGAGGAGUUUUGUUUUUUUUUGGUGAGACUGUUUGAGGAGUUCAGAGGUGGUUUCUAUUCUAUAAUAAAUCUAUUUAAAUUUAUGAGUUUCCCUGGAGCAAAUUCAGGGGUUUGAG